AGGAACACACGUCUCAUGUAUAAUUCUACUGUGACGUGAAGUGUUUUUUUGUUUUGUUUUGUUUUGUUUUCACGCGGGUAAAGGCAAUCAAUAUGAAUGAUACGAAUAUUUUAAACAUUGAAGGGUCUGUGGAUGUAUUGAUAGAAUAUCUAAAUUAUGCAGUCAACACACUGCUGUACCACAGAGAAGUUUAUUCUUCUGAGAAGUUUGCUCCUCUAGACAAGUACGGACUGCAGGUCUAUAUGAUCACAGAUGAGAAAAUUAAAUCCUAUGUGGAUACCUUUCUGCGUGAGAUAAAAGAAUUUAUUGACAAGAAGAAGGUAGAAGUAGUUGAUAUCAACUUCAUCAGUGAAGAAACAUUGGAAACUGUAGAGUCUUGGUCUUUGACUAUCAAGUACAUCAACAGGCCGGAUGAUGAUAAACAGCAGAAGCCUUUAUCCAAGAUAAGAGCAGAAAUCGCGAAUGUGUUCCGUCAGAUCAUUGCAACAGUCAGCUACAUACCACAUCUUGAGCAGCCAGUGACUUUUAACAUAACAGCAGGCACGCUUCUCACGAAGGUGCCCAGCAAGUGGGAAGAGACUGUGAUGCGCAAGUCGGCCAACCUGGAACAUUUCCCUCUGCGUGAUAUCAGUACGAACUACCACGAGGUCAAGAUAAGUGUGGCUCACAGUCCCACUGGGGAUCAGGAAAUGCUGUGUGGUGAUUAGUGUUGUGCCAUGAAGAAGAAAAAACUGUUGUCUGUCAGUGAUGUUUGAAGUUCAUAAAUGCUUGCUACUUUUUAUGUUUUUUUCUAUAGAAUACAAGAAAGAAGUAUUUUAUACUGUGUUUUCAGCAGCUGUGGUUAAUGAGGUGUUAUGCUCAUGUAGUUGACUCAACUGUACUUAGUCAUAAGAACAUAAAGUUAUCAUAAUCCACUAUAA